GAAGGCCCCUGGCUGUGCGCCGUCUGCGCGUGCGCAUUCUGACGGCGGGGCACGGGGAGGGGAGUCCUGGAGGAUUUAGUCCCGGAGCGCCGCUGGUGAAAGGCGUGGGUGGGCGUCGGUGCCCUCGUAGUCCCCUGCCUGUCCGGCAGCCUCCACCUGCCCAGUGAGCAUGAUCGGUACGUGGGUGCCUGCAAGUGUUUGUCAGGUUCAACUCCAGCCAUGGUUUCCCAGUGGAGGUCGAUUCUAACACCAGCAUCUUCCAGCUCAAGGAGGCGGUUGCUAAGCGACAGGGGGUUCCAGCUGACCAGUUGCGUGUGAUUUUCGCAGGGAAGGAUCUUCGGAAUGACUUGACAGUGCAGAGCUGUGACCUAGACCAGCAGAGCAUCGUUCACGUUGUGCUGAGACCCCAGAGAAAAGACCAAGAAACGAACACACCUGGAGGGGACAAGCCACAAAGUGCUGCCAUGGGGGGCUCUGAGAGGGAACCUGAGAGCUUAACGCGUGUGGACCUCAGCAGCUCCGUCCUCCCCACCCACUCGGUGGGCCUGGCUGUUAUUCUGAACAGUGACUGCGAGAAUGAUGCCCCGCCACCUGGAAGGCCAGCAGGUAGAUCAACCUACAACAGCUUUUAUGUCUAUUGCAAAGGUCCGUGUCAGAGAGUCCAGCCAGGAAAACUCAGGGUACGGUGCAGCACCUGCCAACAAGCCACGCUCACCUUGGCCCAGGGUCCAUCUUGCUGGGAAGAUGUCUUAAUCCCAAAUCGGAUGAGUGGUGAAUGCCAGUCUCCAAACUGCCCUGGGACGAGAGCUGAAUUUUUCUUUAAAUGUGGAGCACACCCGACCGCUGACAAGGAAACUUCAGUAGCUUUGAACCUGAUCACGACAAAUAGUCGAGACAUCACCUGCAUAACAUGUACAGACGUCAGGAGCCCUGUCCUGGUUUUCCAGUGCAACUACCGCCAUGUGAUGUGCUUAGACUGUUUCCACUUAUACUGUGUGACGAGACUUAAUGAUCGGCAGUUUGUCCAUGACCCUGAGCUUGGCUACUCUCUGCCUUGUGUGGCUGGCUGCCCCAACUCCUUGGUUAAAGAGCUCCAUCACUUCAGGAUUCUUGGGGAAGAGCAGUACAACCGGUACCAGCAAUAUGGCGCCGAAGAGUGUGUGCUGCAGAUGGGGGGCGUGCUGUGCCCCAGCCCUGGCUGCGGAGCAGGCCUGCUUCCUGAGCCAAGCAGGAGGAAAGUCACUUGCGAAGGGGGCAACAGUCUGGGCUGCGGGUUCGUCUUCUGCCGGGACUGUAAGGAAGCGUACCAUGAAGGUGAAUGCAACGCCCUACUUGAAGCCUCGGGAGCAGUUCCUCAGGCCUACAGAGUUGAUGAGAGGGCGGCAGAGCAAGCCCGGUGGGAGGAAGCCUCCAAAGAAACAAUCAAGAAAACCACUAAGCCCUGUCCUCGUUGCCACGUGCCAGUUGAAAAGAAUGGAGGAUGCAUGCACAUGAAGUGCCCGCAGUCCCAGUGCCAGCUCGAGUGGUGCUGGAACUGUGGCUGCGAGUGGAACCGCGCCUGCAUGGGGGACCACUGGUUCGACGUGUAGCCGGAGCAGCUGCAACACGGCAGGGCUCAGCCACCAUCCUGCCUGGAAACACACAAAGUGUCCUACUGUCAUGUGCCACUUUUGCUUUCUACACACACACACACACACACACACACUUCAAGUUCUUUACAAAAUCACCAAAACAAAGUUACAAGAGAUGCUCCUAGCAUCCCUCUCAUUGUGCCCAUUAAAAACAGCAAAGCUAAGGGUGAGACCACCAUCAGUAUUCGCAAGCCUCAGCAAUACACAAAUACCAGAACACAGAUCAAAUUGCACUUCCAUCAUUUGUAUCGGUUGUCAUUCUUGAGUGAAUUCAAGUCAAGUUGGCUAAGUAUGUAGAGAGCAAUUUCUCAGGUUUAAUUUCUGCAUUUUGCCUUUAGCAAAUAUUGGGAAAAAGCCAUUUGUGAGGUGAGAAAUCAUUUCGAGGGACUAUUGUCAGCGGUUCUCUGUAAGAUGGCCUGUUAAUGGAUUCUCAGAACUGUAUUCACUGCUUUAAGAACAAUGCUCUUAUUUAAAUUUUCAGAGAACAUCUAUUCCCAAAGAACUGCAGACAAUAGUCAAAACUAUGUGUUUAUCCCCAAGAAUUCUACCUUUCUUUAUUGCAUGGAUGAAAUAUCAACUUCACACAAAUCGGCUUGUCAACUAAGUGAGAAAAUAUGAAAGUUAGUUUGAUGUUGAAUGUUUAAACUAUAGGGAAGAAAUCAAAACUUAAUGCUCUUUCAUUCCAUUUAAUUACUUGCAACUUUAGAAAGAUGAUUUUCUAAAAAUAUUGCAAAAUCUAUCAUUUGAUUUUAAACAUUCAUUUUGCAGUUUUGAGAAUAAGCUAAUACAUUUGGCUUCACUGUAAAUUUAAUGGAUAAGGUGCCUAUAAAGACAUAUUUAGAAAUGAUUUCAUAAUGAUUCUCAAUGUUAACAAAAGUGCAGCUCACUAAAGCAGAAUGUCUAAAGAAGGUGCAUUUCCAGGACUAUCUCAGGAGGUAGCCUGACUCUCUAUCAGGAGGGUUUAUGCUCUUUCUGCUUACCCACUCUGUUCCUCCAAUCUGCAAGUCCCGGGGUUUCUGCCCACCCAGUGGCUUACUUCAACGGAAAGUUCUUUUCUCUAAGAUGGUAAAUUCACACUCAAAUAUUAACAUGGACUGAACUGAAGUGUUGACUAGAUUUUCAUCUUUUUUUUAUUUUGAGGCAUUCACAACACCUCAAAAAGAGAUGUAUUCACACUUAGAUGCAACAAACCUCAUUUUCGGCAGCACAGUAUACAGGUGACAAAGGGUAACCACUGUCUUUUGUUCUCAUCAUCUGUCUUCUCAGGAAAACUGUGACCAUAACUAAGGGCACAGUGAGUUUCACUAGCACAUGGGAUCCCUUUUGGAUUUAGGGACCCUGGAAAUUUUGAAAUCGGUAGCAGGGCUUCUCUUUGUAGAUGGAGCACCAGAAAUCCUUGCUGGGAGGAGAGAGGGAAUGACCCCAGAAAAUUUCCCAGAGGCAUCUGUCCCUGGUUCCCUAACCUUCCAUCCAGGGACAGUCCUACCCUCAGGGGCUCUGCGCCUGGGACAAGACGAGGGUGUGGCAACCACAUCAACAUUAACAGCCUCAUUUGGCUUCAAUUUGUCAGAAAAUUCAACCUCCCCAACGUGGCCCGAAGGCUGCCCGACUCAUGUCAGGAAGCCUAAAGAUUAUUUAGAGAUAAUGGAGAACCAAUGUCUGUGAGUGUGAGAAGAAGGAAGGUCAACAGGCACGAGCCUGCACAUCCCAACGGCUGGUGUCAGUGCUCAGUCUGGAACCCACCCAGGGCCUGCCCGUAUGUUACUGACAAUCCCAGUAAGUAGCACCUCCUUGCACUGACCCAACAGGACAAUGAAGUGGCACCCUCCGUCAUGUGGAGCACCCAGCAUUUUAUGUCUUCCAAAGCUUUUGGUUUUAAUGAUGCUGCCAUUGUUGCCUCUUCCAAAUCUGCAUGGUUUGUUGGGUGUGGAUGCCUGAACAAGGUUUGCUCCCAUGUGUUCAGGCACCGUAGAAAUCCCUAGGUACUCCGUUCCUUCCCUCAUGGAUGUCUUUAUGUAUUUUUCUUUUCAGAAUAGAAUACUGAUUCUUAAAACAAGUUAAAGAAAAAAUAGCCACUAUAAAUGAAUGUGAAUCACAAACCACUAUAACGUGUUUGAGCUUGAAUGAUGUAACAAAAUGUGAAUACAUCAGAAGAAUAGAAAUAAAGUCUUUGCAGAAGAAUCUCUAUUUUUCUCUGAAAUGUGUAAAGAAAUACUUGACUAAGAUUGUACUCAAAUUGUCAA